AUGGCCUCGCGGCCGGAGGCUGAGAGGGGAGGCCGCCCCCGCGCCCCGCUGAUUGGCCACGCUGCCCCGCUCGUCAAGCUCUUUCGUGUCAAUGGGCAGAGGCUAAGUGAAGCGGCGGCUGCUGGGAGGGCCCAGCCGGUGGGCGGGAGCGGCCGCGGCUGCGGUGGGAACCGCGCUACCUCUUCUUGGCUACCCCUUGCUGGGCGGCUGUGCUGUGCAGCUCCGUCUGGCAGCUCCGGUUCGCUCAGCGGCGGGAGUGUCCUCAUCCUUUUCUCCUGCAGGGCCGCGGGGACUGGAAGGCGGCAUCCGCAGCUGUCCACGCCGGAGCAUCCGCUGCCCACCAGGGGGGCACAGGCCAUCAAAGCCAAAUCCGAACUUGAAUUCUGUGCAGGCGAUUGCAGAGCUGGUAGGCCAACAAUUUCCUGGGGGAACAUGUAAUGGAAGGGGUCACUUUGACUCGUAUUCAGAAGGUGGGAGAGGGAAUUUUCUGUCUGAAGAUGGGAGGUGGAAUUUUCCCUUCUGGCUACAGCGGAGGUGGGGGUGGAGGGAGGGAGGGGGAUGAGGGAUGAGGCUGCUUCUGACCAUUCCCUUCUCUGCCCUGCCCUACGCGACGACGACGCAGUCUUGACGCCCUGAGGACUGGGAUCUGCAAACCCCACUGGACGGAGGUCAGGGCUGGGAUCUGCAACCCCCAGUGGAGAGAGGUCGACCUACCCCGAAGGCGAGCUUUCUCAUGGAGGGCACCUGUUGCAGAGGCUGGAAAUGAAAUAAAGGCGUGUGCUUGUUUCCGAGCUUACGUUUUAUAAUCCGAGAAAUAAGGGGGGAAACUUUGAGAAGGGUGUGUGGUUGAGAUCUGAAACAUGAGUUUAACGGAUACCUUUAAAUUUUUUUUUGAGUACAGUUAACACGCAAUGAUUUUAACGGAUAUCUUAUUAUCACAAAUCUUUGAGAUUUAGACCAUUGCGCUGUGUUUUGAGAGCCCAAGAACAGCUCCACACACACUAUUUCACCUAGAAUCCAAAGCAACAGUUGCCCUCCCUCCUGGAGGACUGGCCAGAGGGAAUGGAUGGAACUCCAGAAAGUACUCUGCUAGCACGAGGACACGUGGUACUUCCAGAAAGUUGUAAUUGCCAGUCUCCUGCAGGGUAUUUUUGGGUCAGUGGGCAAAUAUAAAAUGUACUGCAGGGUGUUCAUUAAGGUAGAGCAACUGCAGACUACUUCCCUGCAAUCUACUACCUUAUUGACCUUUUUUCCCCCUUUUUCU